AUGCCACAGCCGAACAAGUAUGUUCUGCUACCACAGGAGGCUCACACUUCUCUAGAUCACCCGACGGGAGACCAAGACGUCACUGAAGAAAUUGCUCUUCAAGAGCUUGACGAUUUGAACUCGUUAGACUACGAGGCUGAUUUACAACAGCCUCCGGAUCUUGAAAAUGGUACCGAACAACAUGAAGGAAGCGGGACUUCCAAUAUGAAGAUGGCUUUCAUGAAUAUGGCCAACUCGAUUCUUGGAGCCGGUAUCAUUGGCCAGCCGUUUGCAUUCAAAAAUAGUGGGCUAUUGGGUGGCACCAUAGUGAUGUUUUGCCUUACUGCUUUAAUAGACUGGACUUUACGGUUAAUAGUGGUUAACGCACAGCUCUCUCAGACUCGCUCAUACCAAGACACGGUAUCCUACUGCUAUGGGAAGUGGGGUAAAUUUCUUUUGCUAUUUUCGAUCAGCUCAUUUGCCUACGGAGGAUGUAUGGCAUUCUGCGUCAUUAUUGGCGACACCAUUCCUCACGUUCUCAUUUCGGUGCUUCCAAGUUCAUGGACCGAUCCGAAGACAUCAAUAAUUGGUUGGUUUUUCGGAAGAAAUGUCAUAAUCACCGUAUUUACAGCAUGCAUUUCAUACCCAUUAUCACUUAACAGAGACAUAUCAAAACUCGCCAAGGCGUCAGGCUUUGCUUUGUUAGGUAUGCUCAUCAUCGUUGUUGUUACAGUUGUUCGUGGUCCAAUGGUCGAUGAUUCGCUCAAGGCACCACUCUCAAAACUGCAAUGGCUCCUUAACAAAAACGUCUUUCAAGGCAUUUCGGUCAUAUCCUUUGCGCUUGUAUGCCAUCAUAACACUAUUUUCAUCUACAACUCUUUAAAGAAUGCGACGGUCUCUAAGUUUGCAAAGUUGACACACUGGGCAUGCGGAAUUUCUAUGUGUUUCUGUCUUCUCAUGGGGGUCUCAGGGUUGUUGAACUUUGGGAACAACAUCAAGGGAAAUAUUCUUAAUAAUUUCAGGAGCACAGAUAACUGGAUAAAUGCCGCAAGAUUUUGUUUUGGCUUGAAUAUGUUGACCACUUUUCCUUUGGAACUUUUUGUGGUGAGAGAUGUGCUCAAGGAUAUCGUCUUGGCGAGCAAGAGUGACAUGUCUGCAAAUGGGAGCACCGCCCACUUGGAGCUCUCUGACAAACAACAUUUCAUCAUCACAACGAUUCUCACUUUUUCAUCGAUGUCUGUGGCAUUGUUUACAUGUAAUUUAGGAAUGAUUCUAGAGCUUAUAGGUGCUACUUCGGCAUCACUUAUGGCGUACAUUAUUCCCCCUUAG